GGCGGCACCAGUCAGUCUCCUGCUGGCGGUGCGCCGCUCCAGCUCCGUGGGAGCGCCGAGGAGCGCAUCCAUCUCCGCUCACACCUGCACAGGUGCCGGCCCUGCUGCCCUCCGCACCGGGCUCUGGCGUGCCCGCAGCCGGAUCCCCGCCCGCUUCCUCGCUCGGCCGGGCGCAGAUCCGGCCCCGGAGCCGCAGGAAGAGGCGGAGCGGGGCCGAGGGAGGAGCGGGGUGUGCGGGAUGCGGAGGUCCCAGGGGGAACCUCAGGGCGGCCACCAUGUCCCAGGCCACCACCUGCCUCAAGCAGGGGGAUGGCGGGGAGAGCCCCUCAGCACUGCCACCACCACCGGGAUCGCCGCACAUUUUCCCUCCGGAGACGCUGUUCCGGCAGGCAGGUGGGGUCACCUACCGCAUCCCGGCUCUGCUCUACGUUCCCCCGGAUGAUUCCUUCCUGGCCUUUGCCGAGAAGCGCUCCUCGGCCCGGGACGAGGAUGCCAAGUACCUGGUGCUGCGGCGGGGCCGCCGGCACGGCUGCUCGGUGGAGUGGGGUCCCGUGGAGGAGCUGUCGGCCCUGACGCUGCCCCGCCACCGCACCAUGAACCCCUGUCCUCUCUACGACGCCAGGAGCGGCACCGUGUUCCUCUUCUGCAUCUGCGUGGAGCGGGGCAAGACGGAGCGGCGCCAGCUCUGGAGCGGCUGCAGCGCGGCGCGGCUCUGCUUCGCCAGCAGCGCCGACGGCGGCCGCGGCUGGAGCGCGCUGCGCGACGUGACGGGCGAGGCCAUCGGCGCCGACCUGGCCCGCUGGGCCACCUUCGCCGUGGGGCCGGGCCACGGCGUGCAGCUGGGCUCGGGCCGGCUCGUGGUGCCGGCCUACGCCUACUACGUGCACGGCUGUUUGUGCGGGGCGCUGCGCCUGCCGUGCUUCACCCGCCAGCACUCCCUCGUCUUCUACAGCGACGACGGCGGGCGCCGCUGGCACAGGGGCGAGCUGCUGGGCGGGGAGCGCACCGGCGAGUGCCAGGUGGCCGAGAUUCGGGCCCCGCUGGACGGGGCGGGCUGGCGGCGGCCCUGGCUGCUGCACGCCGGCCCCGCCGGCUACUCCGACCUGGCCCUGAGCCCCGGGCCCGUCUUCGCCUGCUUGUUCGAGUGCGGCGCCAGCAGCGCCUGCGAGCAAAUCGCCUUCUGCCUCUUCACCCUGGACCUCCCUGGCGAGCGGGACCUGAAGGCUUCCUAAAACAGACCCGUUCUAGGCAGUGCAGUCACUACUGAGUCCAGCCAGCGCGGCAGUGCCGAGACCUCACCAGGCUCAGCAUCACGGACCUUUUAUUUAAUUAUGUCUUUUUAAUCGCCCGUCAGAUGCUGUCGGGGACCUGCGGCAGUGGAGGAUGUUCUCUGGCUUGGCCGAGGGGGAAUGCCAGCACAGCAUAGGAAAUGCCGCUGCUUCCCCAAAAAUCAGCAUUUUUCACCUGGUAGCAGCUCAAAAGCAGAAGGUGCCAGCAGGAGCAGCUGAUUCAAGUACCAAAAAAUCUUGGUUCCGUUAAAAAUGUUUCAGUUCCUGUGUUCCUGCAGGUGGCAGAGAAACCCAGGUUUUACCGGUUUUUAUCCUGUUUUCUUCACUUGCCUGCUUCGGCUGAGUUUCUCCAUGCCUCCUGGGAAAAAUAAUUCUUAUUUGGGGAGGAGGGGUGGGAGGUAGGGGAGGGAGGGGACUGUUGGGGGGUGUUUCAUUCUGCUCCAUAGGGAACAGGUUGUAGCAUCCCGACAGUGACAGUGACCUCACAUUCCCGUGCUGCUGUCAAAUAAAAUUCUCCCAAAGCACGUGAAAUCCAGUCGAUACAGGGAAAAUCCCAACGGGGCUGACCCUACCCCAGAAGGAUGCAGGACGGCCCCAGGCGUGGCACCUCCGGCUCCGUGCUGGUGCUGUGGUUUGUGCGUGGAGAGGCGGGAUGGGGCAGGCAGGAUGAGUGCGAGGCAGGAUAGGAGCAGGCAGGAUGAGCAAAGAUCCAAUCGAGACGGGCACAGGCAGGAUGUGGACAGGGACGGGCAGGAUGGGGCCAAGAUGGAAUGAGGACAGGCGGGAUGGGGCCAGGACAGAAUAGAGAAAGGGGCAGGGACAGGCUGGAUGAGGCUGGGGCAGGACGGGGACCGACAAGAGGGGGACAAGCAGGACCGGGACCAGCACCACGCCGCCCUCCCCAGCCAACGUGGCGGAUCCGGGGCACCCCCACCCCUUUUCCCCCAAAGGCGGGGCC